GCCCCUCCAGGCAGCGCCCGCUAUCUGGCUCCGGCUGUGCGCAGACCCGUAAGUCCUGUGACCCCGCGGCAGUCGGAUCAAAGGCACAUCUUCUCCUAGGGGCUAAGAUGGAUCUUGUACUCAGUGCUGCGGAUUAUUAUGUUUUUACACCAUACGUCUAUCCAGACACCUGGCCAGAGAACAACUUCUUUCGACAAACUAUUAGUCUCCUGAUUAUAACAAAUCUUGGUGCUUAUAUCCUUUAUUUCUUCUUUGCAACACUGAGCUAUUAUUUUGUCUUUGAUCAUUCAUUAAUGAAACAUCCACAAUUUUUAAAGAAUCAAGUGUAUCGAGAGAUUAUGUAUACUGUGCAGGCUUUACCAUGGAUGAGUAUUCCCACUGUUUCCUUGUUCCUGCUAGAGUUGAGAGGUUACAGCAAAUUAUAUGAUGACAUAGGAGGCUUUCCACAUGGCUGGUUUCACCUCCUUGUUAGUGUCCUGUCCUUCCUCUUUUUCACUGACAUGCUCAUCUACUGGAUUCACAGAGGCCUGCAUCAUAGACUUGUCUAUAAGCGCAUACAUAAACCUCACCAUAUCUGGAAGAUUCCUACUCCAUUUGCAAGUCACGCUUUUCACCCUGUGGAUGGCUUCCUGCAGAGUCUACCUUACCACAUAUACCCUUUUCUCUUUCCAUUACACAAGGUGGUUUACUUAGGUUUAUAUGUCUUGGUCAACAUUUGGACAAUUUCCAUUCAUGAUGGUGAUUUUCGUGUCCCCCAAAUCUUAAAGCCCUUUAUUAAUGGCUCAGCUCAUCAUACAGACCACCACAUGUUCUUUGACUAUAACUAUGGACAGUAUUUCACACUGUGGGAUAGAAUUGGAGGCUCAUUCAAAAACCCUUCCUCCUUUGAAGGGAAAGGACCACUUAGUUAUGUGAAGAAGAUGACGGAAGAAAAGUACAGCAGCCAUACAGGAAAUGGUUGCAAAUAUGAAAAAUUAUCCACUGAAGAGUUUUCAAAGACUGAGUAGAUUAUUGCUGAAUUAUUAAGUAUUUUUAAUAAGAAAAAUAAUUUAUACACAGCCAAGAGACAUAGCAGGAAAAUGGUGUCAUUUGAAAAUCAGCAUUGCAGGAACUGCUGAAGAAUAAUCAUAAUGGCAGGUGAGGGGUAGAUGCUGUGAGCACGAUGAUUUUAACCUUGUUCUUAAAAUACUAGAUGUUGGUCUAAGGGACAACCUGUGUCUUUCCAUCCAGCAUCUCUAAUUUGUAUAGCCUCCACAACCAUUUUUUUAAGAUAGAAAAUAAAUUAUUGAGGGGACUAGGUUAUGUCCUUUUGCCUUAAUCUACUAUAUUCAUUAAGAAAAAUUCAUUGUGCUUCAUAAUACCAAGACUAAGCACCAUAACAAAGAAAUACUAGUGUAAAGAUGGUUCCUUGUUUCAGGAAUGGUUAUGUCUUUGGUUUUGCUCUGAUUUCUUCAAGUGGAUACAUCAGUGUGAAGAAAUAUACUAAUAUAACAUAUUAGCGGCUUUGUAAAUGCCGUAAUUAAUAGCAGUGUGAUUAGAUUAUCACUUCCUACACAUAGGAAGCUCAUUCUCUGGGGACACUGUUAAACAUUACAUUUUAUUGAUGAAUAAGUUUAGGAUUUUAAAAGAUUCUAAAAUCUUGACACUACCAUGAUUUAAUUCUGAUCUGGGGUUAUUUAAAGAUGUUGAUGGUUAUUGUUGAAAACAAUUAUUUAAUAAGUAUAAAAAUAUGUGAAUCUGAAUAUGAAGUAGUCCCCCCCUUAUUUGUGGGAGAUUUGUUCCAAGACCUGCAGUAAGUGCAUAAAACUGCAGAUGUAUACUUCCAAACCAUAUAUAUACAACAUUUACACACACACAACAUACACACACAGUAUUUUUUUCUGUACAUGCAUAGCUAUGAUAAAGUUUAAUUUAUAAAUUGGGCACAGAUUAACAACAGUGACUAAAUAUUACUGUAGUUAGAAAGGAAAUUUGAUGCUCAAAUAAUAUAUUUGAUACUAUUGAUUUUGUAAAUUAAGUUGAUGCACUGCACUUUGUUCUGUGUAUUUUGGGGAAAAUAAAAUGUAUACUUUAUAUGAAAAUCUUACCAUGGAAGCUAUUCAAUAUUUAAGAUGAUAACCAUUACUGAUAAAAAAUGACAUUUUUCAUAUGAUUCACAGGGAAGUAACAAGAUGUUCAGUCAGAAUUUUCUAAUUUCUCACACAACCCUGAAACCAUAUAUGUCAAAGAUCACAAGAUAAAAUCAGUUCAGUUUUGAAAUAUGAAUGGCAUGCAUUGCACUGAAUUAAUUUUACAAAAUAAAAUAUCCAUUGCAACUAUUCAUUUUGGCUGACUGCACUGCACUUUUCAUGUUUCAAUGUUACAACCCUAUAAUUUUCUAUUAUCAGGAAUGUUUAGGCCUGUCUCUGAAGAUUAGUUUUGAAAUAUUCUCCCUCUUCUCUGCUCACUUUAAUAUGAAACCGCAACCCUGACCAGUGUGGCUCAGUUGGUUGGACAUCAUCCUAUAAAGCGAAAGGCUGAUGGUUAGAUUCCCAGUCAUGGCACACGCCUGAGUUGUGGGUUAAGUCCCUGGUCAGGGUGUUUAACCAAUUAAUGUCUUUCUCUUUCAUGGAUGUUUCUCUCCCUCUUUCUCCCUCCCGCAUUCUCUAAAUAAAAAUAUAUAAAAUCUUUAAGUAAAUAGACCACAGAAACGAUGUGGGUUGUCAAAACUGUUUUAGAAUGUCCACAAAUGCUCAGUGUCAAGGGGAGAGAGAAUCACAUUUUUUUCUAUGUUUCACAUUUUUACUAGUGUUUUAGCACUGAGUUUUAUGAGACUAGUCAUAAAACUUAAUAUUUGGGAUCCAGAUGAAAUUAUUUUUCCCUUUUGGUUGUUACAGUAUUUGUCUUACUUAAAUACACAAGGUAGUAAUUAGUAUUUUUAACUGGUAAAUGCAUCCGAGUACUUUUCAGUCACCAUACCCAACCCCUAGUACUCCACUUUGCCCAAGAAAAAGGGAAAUUAAGAAGCAAAUUUUGUUUCUUCAUAAUAAUGGAAACUAAUAUUCAUUGAGCUUUUAUUCUUGAUCAGGCUCUGUGGUAAGUACUUGACGUGAGGAAACUGGGUCCCAGUUAUGUAACUUUCCCAAGGUUAUUUCUCUCUUGUACAUUUCAAUGUGGAUGUUGCUGGUCUCCAGGCAGCCUUCCACAGUCAGUCUGAGUCCCAGGCUCCUUCCAUCUUGGGAAACUGCCUUUUCCCAGUCAGUUGAAGGAGCACAUAAAAGAAGGAAAAGCAUACGUGGAAAAUGUUUGGGUCAAGCAUGGUAAUCAUGCAUAUGUUCCUUUGGACAAAACUCAGUUAUGUGGCCCAUCUAACUGAAAGAGAUUCAGAGAAUUUGGAAACAUGUCUAAUUGUAUAGCUGGGAGACUGGGUAACCAGUUUCUUAAACAGUUAGCCAGUCUGUCAUAAUCUUACAAUUUAUUUCCCUUUUUUGAGGGUUCCAAUAACGGUAUUGAAGAGAUAAAUACACUCAAAAUUAUCUCAAGUUUUCCUUGCCCUAGCUGCCCUUGUGUUAAUUCCAUAACUCCAAUUAUGAAUGUUAAAGCUUCCUCUAGAUUGUUACUACUGUAUAGCUAGUAGAAAAGAAAGGGCAUAAUUUAUGGAGAGAAGGAAGCUUCCUCAAAGGUAAUGAAAGUAGUCUUGGCCCCUCCACCAUUUUUCUUAAACCUGGUCUUAUUGAGCAGUACUAGUUAAACAGUUAGAAUGUGGGAUUGUUCUGUUUUGUUCUUGUGUACCACCAUUGCAGUCUUCUGUUCUCCAUUAAAGGAAUUCAGGGAACAUUCAUUGAACUGAGUAUCUAAUGUCCCUUCCACAGGAAUAUCAAGUGAAAGACAUUUUCCCUUGACUUUGAAACCUUUUAUACUUAUAGGAUAGGAAGGGAAAACCAAUAUUACAUUUUCCACUCUUAGUUAGAAAUUGGAACAUGGAGGUGGUACAGAACCCAGAAACCUUUCCUGAAUCCUUAGCUUCCCCUGUGUCUGUCUCUCUCCCCGUCUCCCUGUGUCAGGAUGUUGUGAUUGCCUACUCCUCAUCACCUGGUGUCAUUUCUUCCAGCUUCAGAAAGUUAGCAACAGAUGUGGGAGGGAAUUAUAACCAGUGUUUGACACAUGAGGUUUAUAGGGCAGGCUGAUUAUUUAUGUAGAGAUGAUGUCUGGGAGGAAGAUGAAAAGUAAGGACACAAAUGAGAGCAAUUAUGUUUGGAAUUAACUCAUGGAAGAAAAAUCAAUUGCCAAGGAGAGCAUGACAAACACGAUGUCCAAAGAAACAAACCAACUAGAGGGGAAAAAAACUCCCUUUCCUUAUUUUCCUAAUUUCAAAUUCAAAACACUUGAUAAGCAGUCUAUGUCAGUAUUGACUGCUGUCCACCAUCUAGCAUUGUUAUGUAUACCAUUUAUUCUAGACCCCCAAAUUCCUUAAAAGUAGAGAUCAUGUGUGAAUCAUGGUUGUAUUAAGCCAUGUGUCCUUACAGAAUGCCCAAAACAUUGUUGAGGUUCAAUAAACACUUUGCUGAAUGAAUUAAUGAAAUGGUAGAAAUGCCAUUCUCUUCAAUAAAUAUUUAAUGAGCACCUACUAGGUGUCAAACACUGAACUGGGUGCAAAUAUGUAAUCCCAGACUCUUAAACAGUGUUUUUAGCCAACAAUUUGUUUCUCAUUUAUUCAUUAGCUGACGUUUGCUGUGUGCCUUGGUGGGGUGGUCACAAAGAGAGCUAAAAGGGAAAUCAAAGAUAGUCCCUAGGUCAAGAAUAGACUCUUUCCUUUACUCAAAGUUAUACCUUCCUCUGGAAAUAAAACCCAUCAAGCACUAUGGAUUCAGACCAUAUAUGAAUCCGUAAUAUGGGUACUGAUUAAAGAGGUGGUUGAAUCUGUGUGAAGUUAUUUUUUAAAACAGUGUUCUGGAUACAAAAAUCCUUGUAAUUAUACAAGAAAUUACAAACCUAGCAGGAUAAGCUACAACUUCAGCUGUACUGUAAUUCAUCUAGGGAACUGGAAAAGUGAAGAGCUUUGGAAUUACAUAGUUUUGAAUCCUGACUGUGCCCUUGGCAGAUUUCAUGACCUUGGCUUUUCCAUCCAUAAGCUGAUGAAAAUACCACCUAAUACAAUUAAACUAGAAACAAAUGUGAAUGGAGGCUCUUAUUCAUGUAACUUGUGUUUCAUGUCUCUUUCUAGGUUUAAUGAUCAUUGUUGUUAUACCUAGGGUAUAAUUCCAGGGAGGAAAAAAAGCCUAGAUUCUUUCACCUUAAAAUUGGGUAAAAAAUAGGAGACACAACUAUGGAAGUUUAUGCGAAGUUACUUGGAGGAAGAGUACCAGUUGCCAAGGAAUGUGGGCAGCCUCUAGAAGUAGGAAAAGAACCUCCAAUGCAAUCUUAAAUAGAAGUAGCAAGAGUGGACGUCCUUUUAUUGUUCCUGAUCUUAAGAGGUCAUAGUGAGAAGUGCCUCUAGAGAAGCC